AUGAACAACAUCUCACACUACAGUUCGACGUUGGCUAUCCUGGCAGCAAAUGUUGACCGACCUUACAAUGUUAGGCAGACGACAUGGGGAGGUAGGGCAUGUUUUGCAACGAAGCAAUUACGAAAAGGAGAUGUUGUUUUAAGAAGUACUGAUUUUACAGGCAAAUCAAUUGCUUAUGACUUUAGGAAAGAAGUGUGUCACUAUUGUUACGGUUACACGAGUGGCCGCAAUAUGAAAUAUAGGAUAAGUGCUGAUCAAUUUGGGAGACUAAUGGCUGAUACAGCGAAUAUUUUGAAAAAAUCGAAUAAAUUCAUGGGCGCUGGCCUAUGGUUCUGUUCAGAUCACUGUUUAGAGACUUAUUUGGAAAUGCCGAAUAUCUCUUAUCUUAUCGACGGCUACGAAAUACUCUUAAACCAUUAUCGAAUUGCAUCAAAAGAACUAAGCAUAGAUAAUGAGAUUGAACUGAAUUCUAGAAAGAUUUCUUUGGAUGUGAUAGAAGAGGGCUGGAGCCAAGUGAAAGAUUCUUGGAUACCAAAAGUGGAAAAAAUGAAAAAGAGCAAGCAGUUGAAUAUGUUUCCUUCUAUAUCUGAGGACGACUAUUCAUGUGCCCGUUUUGUCACGAUGACCCUCUUCAAGUUGAAACAGCACUCCCUUGAUUUCGACACGAAAGUUGAAUUUAAUGGUUUGCAAUCCAACGAGCUCGAUAAAAUAAAAAAAUACCCUGUAUUACUGCACCUGCAAACUUCAGUAUUUAAGAUACUCUAUAUCUUACUGCCUGAUAUUUUGAAAACACACUUUAGCAUCGAGCUAUUUAGACACAUCGCCGGUUCUGAGUAUGCGAAUGCAUUUGGACUAUGGCAAGAAGAUGAGGGCGUUGACAGUAGAGAAUUUUUAGGGUACUCUGUCUUUCCUUGUGCUUCUUAUGCUAACCACAGUUGUGUUCCGAACAUUACAAAGUCCAGACACGGAAGAGAAAUGAUUUUCACUGCCAACAAGGAUAUUUCGGAGGGAGCAGAGAUAUGUAUUGAUUGUUCUGGAGUUUUGAGCUUGGCUGUGGAGAAACGCCGCAAAUUUCUGAAGGAAACAUGGUUUUUCGAUUGUUGUUGUGGAAGAUGCCUUCUAGAAAUGAAGACGAUCCAUUAA